GCGAAAGAUGUGCCCACUACUACAGAGCGACCUGACCACUCGACAACCCAAUAUAUCAUAUACUACUAAGUAAUGAAUAAGUUACAGUGUGUACAAGUAUCUACAUAUACUGGUCUGUUGAAUUUUAAUCCAAUGAACGGCGUGGUAAACGGGUUAAUAAAAGAGCACGCAAGUAGUAGCGCACGAUGGUUUAUAAAAUAGCACGAAAACAUAUCUAUAUAUAGGCAACGUCUGUCAGUACAAAGCCGUAUUAUACGUUCGGGUACUAUAUAAGGCCUGGUUAAAAGACCCGCCGGCACAAAGACACGGGAAACCAAACAGACCUUACAAUGUCGGCUUUCGCAGGGAAAUGGGUAGACGAGGCAGAAGCAGGAGAAUUAGAAGGCUUCGAUGAAUUUACUUCAAAAAUGGGAAUGACAGAAGAUGAGGUUAACAAAUACAAAGGGUUUAUUGGAAAGCAAGAGACCAUAGUGGAUGGCGAUGAAUGGCAAUACAUUUAUGACUUUGGUGAACACAAAUCGCAUCAUAAGUUCAAGCUCAACAUAAAAAAUCCAACAGAUAAAGAUAUAGAAGGAAAUGACUUUAAGAUUACCCCUAAACUAAAUGGUGACAAGGAAAUGACUGAGACUGUGGAAACCCUGAGGAACAAGAUAUGGGUUACCACUAUCAUGACAAGAAAAAUCAUUGGAGACGGAAGCAGACAAGAAAUUGAAAUUACCCAUAAAGAGUCUGGUGCCAAAAUGAAGGGUUUUAUGCGCAAAGAGUAGCUGGAUUUCAUGCGGAAAACCAAACAUUGCCAUGAGGUUGAAGAUAUACGUUUCACCAUCACAUAAUCUGUAUACCAUCAACGAGAAAAAAAAUUAUCGAUAGAUAAACCCGAACAUAAUAAUAUCAUUGGAAAUUAAUUUGUCAAUAUGUGAAGGAAUUAUCAGUUUCGAACCUGCACACUCGAUAACACUCAUUUUCAUAAUAAAUUUAUCCAAAGGAACCUGAAAGAUGUUUCCCUUUGUCUUUGGAUGUUUUGUCAAUUCCUUAAUAAAAAUGUAGCUUGUACUUCACU